AUGGCGAGCGGACAUAGCCCUUAUGCAUCUCCGACCGUGGUCGACCCCUCUCUAGGGCCCUACUACAGUCAGUCGAUCAACAGUAUUACACACCAUCUACAACACCCCGAGGUCGACGAUGACCUGGCCCUCCGCGCCGAACUGAGCAGGUCGCUGGGCCUGAACCACUCAACCCACGAGUCGGCAAACACGUCGCACCAACACUCGCCGCAACCACACGACGACCCGCAACAACAGCAUCAUCAUGCUCAGCAACAGCAACAUGCUCAACCAGCCCCGCUUCCCUCGCAGCCGCAACACACAUCACCGUCGCAACACGUUGUGAACCCUGACCUCUUUCCCGAGCAUCACCUGAGUCCACCGCCUGGUCAACAUGGCGCCGACAACAACAAGGACAAGCGCAGCAAAGUCAGCCGCGCAUGCGACGAGUGCCGUCGCAAGAAGAUCCGUUGCGACGCCUUGAACGAGCACGAGACAUGUACCAAUUGCAAGCGCUCCAACUCAGGCUGCGCUUUCAGUCGCCAGCCCCUGAAGCGAGGUCCCAGCAAGGGCUACAUCAAGGAGCUCGCUGAGCGCUUGAACGCUCUCGAGGGCCAGAUGCAGCCCCAACAACACGGACACGUCGACCAGGAGCUGCAAACGUUGCUCGCAGAAGCCGCCCAUGCCACACGAGAUUACGCUUCACCACCCCGUCAAGCAGGCCAGAAACGAAGACGCUCACAGACAGAGACGACAGAGAUGGAUCCGCUGCCUGUCCUGGCUCCGAGACUUGCACCAGCAACACAACCCACCCAACUUGCGACCCAGCCUCAACCUGCUGCUGCCCCUCUUCACGCCUAUGGGAACCCAUACUCUCGCGACCCGCGAACGUCACCGUACCCUAUCCAACCAAAUUACCGUCAAGACAUGAGACCUACGCCCCAACCACAACCUGCCAACACACAGCCCUUCUUUAAGUAUGGUGGAGAUACUCGGCGUCGCGAGAGCGUUAGUGUCCCUUUCGAUACGCAGGCAGGUGUACCCACGCUGGUUGAAUGGGAUGAAGAGGUAGUCGACGAAUAUUAUCGGACCAUACACCAGACCUUUCCGCUAUUACCCCACUCAAAACACCGCCUUCGCAUGCGCCUGGCCGAGUGUCCCUUGACGUUAAGAGAAGCCUUCUUGACCCGAGCCGCUGAACUCCUUGCUGGCUAUCCUUUCGAGAACCCAGCCACGCACACCAGUGGUACCAAUCUAGUCUACUUGCAAACCCUCUUGUUGAUGGCUCUAGAAUCCGACAACCAUGGUCCCGCAACAGUCAGGGGUCAAGCCGGUCCUUCACGUGCAGAGUGGUUAGGAAGAGCUGCAGGUGUCGCAGGACAAUUGGAGAUUAAUCUGAUUCGUCCGCGCGAACGAUAUGCCACUGAAGGUGAUCCGGACUCUGAAGAAAGGCUAGCAAGAAGAGUAUGGUGGGUACUGUUCAUCCUCGACCGCUGGCAUGCUUCUAGUACCUCGGACCUUCUCAAACUCCCAGAGAACAGCGUCGUCCUACUGCCCGAGGAUCAGAUCCUGCUCGGCGAAUCGACAUAUCACUUAGCGCGCCUCUCCUUCAUCAUAGGACAUCUCGCCGCCAUUCUCACUACAACAAAAACACCAGAGACCAAUGUCAUGGCACCUUCGAACCCAGCAUCCUCACUACUCGGAUUGACGUUAGCUGGCGAGAUCGACCGCUUCCGUGAAUCGGUAGAGAGUGUUUGGGGCUCAUUAAACCUGGUCCAUCUCUCCUAUCACCACUGCCACCUUCUUAUCAAACGACUCAACCCCACAACCGAACCUACAGAGUUGAUCGGCCAUGCUGUAAAAGUGGCUACAGUGCUAAACCAACGUCAAACACCCAUUACACCAUUAAACCACCACUUUGCAGCCCUAGCAGCAAUGACCCUCUGCGAACUCGUAGACAUAGAAAAGACACGUGCCGAAGCCAUCAGAGGCCUUGAGCAAAUUUCCGAAGCCUUGGGCUUCGGUCGCGGUCUCGCCGGCCACGAAAAGUCUACGGGCUGGGAUUCAGCUAUCAGAGAUUUGAUUGUGCAGAAGAGAAAUAAGUUGCAAUUGAUUCUGGGUGGGAUUGAACAGUUACCGCCGGGAUUGCAGCAUUUGGCGCAUGCUCAUGCUGGAGAGGGUGGCAAUGGGACGCUGACGCCUAGUUCCGCGCAAGGAAAUGUUGCUGCUACUAGUGUGGCGGGAGAGAAUGGGAGGCCGGGCAAGUUUGACCCUACCAUGUUGACGAGGUAUGGCUAUCUCACUGCUUUGGGGCAGGGUAUGUUUGUCUCGAAGUAG